AUGAGUAGUCGGCACGUAAUCAAGAAAGUAUGGGCUAGAUUUUUCGAGUACCUAUUACAGUUUGAUCAACCCAUCUCUUGGGUGAUCUUCCUCGUGGUCACUAUAGAUCUAGCUUAUUUAUUAAAGAGUCCAGAAAGUGUUGAGAAUUACUUGGACGAAUAUCUUCAGAAUAAUCCAAAACAAUGUGAAGAAGUAGAAAACAUAAUAUUACAUCAUAAUGAAUUAAGUGUGAUGCCUGGGAAUAUACAUAGAUUUACAAAUAUUAGAAUAUUGGAUAUUAGUAAUAACGGAUUAACUAUUUUGCCGGAUAUUUUCCAGUAUUGCCAACUGUCUAAUUUAAUUUUGAAAAAUAAUAGAUUAAGGAAUGAUACGUUGCCAAAGGAGUUUACCGAAUGCAGCUCGUUAAAAGAGCUAAACUUAAGUGGGAACGAUAUCAAGUAUUUUCCAGACCAAAUUUUAAAUUUCCCCAACUUAAAAUUUCUCUAUUUAGGAGGAAAUAACAUGGAAAAUAUAUCGAACUCUAUAUGGAGAUUAAAACACUUACAAGUGUUAUCCCUAGGCGGAAAUAAUAUUUCGGACGUGCCCUUAUCAGUAGGUCAAUUGAAAAACCUUCAAGCAUUAGUCCUUUGUGAUAACAAUAUUGAGCUGCUUCCGGCCAACAUAGCGAAUCUUCAUAAUUUAAGGUCGUUGCUCCUCCAUAAAAAUAAGUUAAAAACGCUACCUCCAGAAAUAAUAGCUUUGCGGAAUUUAUCAGAGCUUAGUCUAAGGGAGAAUCCCUUAAUUGUACGCUUCGUUAGUGAUAUACAACAUCAACCAGCUAGUCUCCUUGAAUUAUCUGGCAGGGCAUUGAAAUUGUACAAUAUCGAGGUUCAACCAGGCGAUAUACCCACCACUCUACUGGGUUAUUUAAAUUCCGCUCACAGAUGUGUAAAUUCUAACUGCAAAGGAGUUUUCUUCGACAACAGAAUAGAACACGUGAAGUUUGUAGAUUUUUGUGGAAAAUAUAGAAUACCGCUGCUUCAGUAUUUAUGCUCGUCCAAAUGUGCAACAAUUCCAGCCGAUGAUGUUAUAAGACCCCAUAGAACUUAUUUGAUGAAAAAAGUGCUACUUGGUUAGGUCAUUUAUAAAUUAUAAAACAGAAUAAUUAUAAGAGGGGUACUUUAUUAUAAUAAGUAUUGCUUUAAGGAGGAAAUCAUAUUUAUAGAUUUGUUAUUUGUAUUAUUAUUUGAAAUUUAUAUAAGUUAGGUUAUAAUAAAUUUUUAGUUAAAGUGUUAAAGUUAGUAAAGUGUGAUAUAAAAAAGAAUUUACUGGACUAAAGAAAGGUGAUAUACGAGAUUAAUAAACGGGUCAAUAAGUA